AUAUACGGGUUUAGAGUCCAGAGCACAGGGCAAGCACGGCAAGAACAGUCCAGACUGCAUCCGUGCUCAUGUAAGCCCAGAGCCGAUCGUAUUUCCCCUUCCGGCACCUCCCUCGGGCCUCGCUCUCAACUGGACCACAGAAGUUGUUAGAACGCCUCGACACACACAUGCUCCUUGCGCUCGUACCUCUCCUCGCAGCCCGCCUGGCCGCUGCGGCGGACGGCCAGCUCAAUCUCCUGCACAGAAUACACGGUCCAGACGUUCCAGAGCAACCUUUCGUCCUCCGUGCCUCCAUAGACCCCUCCACUCGCCAAUAUACACCAGCACCCCAAUUACAAGACGCCCUUGGCCAGUUCUACAACGAUGUGAGGGAAAACAAGGCCGCCCUCUAUCAGGUCUCAUUCCAGGCCGUUCCCGCAGGCGCUCCUGAUCAUCUCGCUGUCGAGCGUCUCGAUAUUUCUUCUGUCAAAGCAUGCCAUAUUCCGAUUGCAUCUGCAGACUACAUUACUCUCCACCUAGACCGUGCAGGCACGCCUUUCCACAUAGAUUAUUUCCUCGCGGACAUCCCCGCAUCUGGCGCCUGCCCUUCCACAAAGCAGCUCCGGACGCGGAAUCUGGACCAGGCAACUUUCCUCCACCCGUCUAAUACUACCAUUAACGUCCGACAUGCGACCGGCCCUCCAUUACCCGAGUUACGCGUGCCUCCCCCGCUCUCGCCCAAGGGCCAGGUAAUCCCUCCAGAGCCGGAAAAGUCCUUCAUUCAGAAAUACUGGAUGUAUAUUGUUGCCGCUCUUUUCGUACUCAUAUUCGCUGGCGGUCCACCGCCCGAGGAUGACGGUGGUCGGGCUUCGGGAGGUCGUUGA